GGUAUUUCCUUGUGUAUAAGAAGAAGCCAUGAGUAUCUCAAGUACAAAUAGUUUGAUCUAUCUCUUUCUGUUGUUUGCAUUCUGUGAAAUGCAAAUUAUUGUAGGAAACGACAACCAGACCUGCUUAUCCCGCAAGAGUCCAUGCUUUGGGAAGAAAGUGCCAUGCCCGAAUCAAUGCCCUUUUCGAUUUCCAUCCAAUUCAAAGGCCAAAGUCUGCUAUCUUGACUGUGAUUCCCCCACUUGCGAAACUCAAUGCAAAACUCGCAAACCAAAUUGCAAUGGUCGUGGAUCUGCAUGUCUGGACCCUCGUUUCGUUGGAGCAGAUGGAAUUGUUUUCUACUUCCAUGGAAGGAGAAACGAGCAUUUCGCCUUAGUAUCCGAUGUGGACCUUCAAAUCAAUGCACGUUUCAUUGGCCUAAGGCCAGCAAGUAGAACAAGGGACUACACUUGGAUCCAAGCAUUGGGAGUUCUCUUUGAUUCGCAGAAGUUCACCGUUGAGGCCACCCCAGCAGCAUCAUGGAACGAUGAAGUUGACCACUUGAAGUUUUCUCACAAUGGCAAAGAACUUGCCAUCCCUGAUGGUUACCUCUCCGCAUGGCAGUGCCCACAAAGUCAAGUUAGAAUAGAGAGAACAUCAAGCAAGAACAGUGUUACCAUUACUCUCCCAGAAGUUGCUGAGAUAUUAGUCAAUGUUGUGCCUGUCACUAAGGAAGAUAGUAGAAUCCACAACUACCAAAUUCCUGAGGAUGAUUGCUUUGCUCACUUAGAAGUGCAGUUCAAAUUCCAUGGUUUGUCUUCAAACGUUGAAGGGGUUCUUGGAAGGACUUAUCAGCCAGAUUUUCAGAAUCCAGCAAAGCUGGGGGUGCCAAUGGCAGUGGUUGGAGGGGAAGACAAGUACAGAACCGCAUCACUUGUUUCUGCAGAUUGUGGGGUCUGUUUGUUUGAUAGUGCAAAAGAAGCUUCAGAAAAAAUUAACUCAGACACUGAAUAUGGUUUGCUGGAUUGCACUGGUGUGGCCAACAGUGGGAAUGGCAUAGUUUGCAGAAGAUGAAAUUUCAAGUCACUGAUAUCGUCCUUGUAUGAUUCAGAGUUUUCAUUUGUGAUGUAAUGAUUGUUUUUCAUUUGAAUUGUGGUCCUAUUGAAUAAAAAGUGCAGUCUUUUCAUUUGUUUAACAUUAAA